AUGAAAGCCUCAUUCCUAGUUGCUGUUAGAAAAGAACUUUUGGAAAAAGCCUCUGAAUUGGUCCCGAAUUACGGGUUUGCAAAUGCAUCCUUAUUUCAUACCGCACUUGGUGCACUUCAAGAAAAAAAUGAAUACAAAGAUAAUAAAAUUAUAGCAGAUGUGGAUUUUGCUCAACUUUUUCCGAGGGGUUUUCCCAUCGCUUUAGUUGAGCAUAUUGUGGAAAAUACGAAUAAAGCAGCACAUGUACGACUAGAAGAAAGUUUUAAUAAAAAUACUAUUCUUGAUUAUGUCGCCAAAAAUAGUGGUUCAUAUCAAGUAGGGCAAUACAAACUCCCCGGAGUGAAGAAUGUGGUUGAGGAAGCAAUAUCGACGAAGAUUGAAGCUUUGUUGCCUUAUGUUGAGUACUGGCCAGAAGCAGUAGCAUUGGAAUUGAAACCCGCUAAUGUACCAUUUGCCGUAAAAAAUUUGAGUGAGUUUGUGGAUAACAUCUGCUAUUACGCUGAACGCAUGGAAAAUCUUGGGGCUGUUAUUGCUUCGGGGAAUUUACUUCUUCAAUCUCGUCUAUAUUAUCCAACAGUUCAUCGAGAUGUGGAUAAGAAGGGUCAUGAAAGGCAUCAGCAAGAAACAGAUGAAGAACGAUUUUGGCGUGGUUUUUCUUCUUCAAUUCCCCUUUCUGGUGGCCCUCAAGUGGGGGGAGGAUUGCUCAAUUACGGCUGGUAUAUAAAGAGAACAAAGGUAUUAACGGUGUUUAGUCUGGCGAUGUUUUCUUUUGUUGGGGAAGGAAAGGGCUACUCCGGGGAUACACGGGCGAUGAUAAGGUGCAUUAUCGAUACAUUGCUUUAG